GUUAGGGCAGUGCGGGCCGCCGUACGGCAAAGGCGGAAGUGGGGCUCCGGGAAGAUGGGGGCCGCCGUGUUUUUCGGAUGUACCUUUGUGGCCUUCGGGCCGGCCCUGUCCCUCUUCAUCCUCACCAUAGCCGGAGACCCGCUCAGAGUCAUCAUCCUGGUAGCCGGGUCCUUUUUCUGGCUGGUGUCGGUCCUAUUAUCCUCCUUGAUCUGGUUCAUUUCUGUCCAGGUCAGUAACAAGAAUGAUUCCAAUCUUCAGUAUGGCUUGUUAAUAUUUGGAGCAGCUAUAUCCGUUCUGCUACAGGAGACCUUCAGAUACGCCUAUUACCGGUUACUUAAGAAAGCCGAUGAAGGUCUGGCUACUAUCAGUGAAGAUGGCAGGUCUCCAAUCUCCAUCCAGCAGAUGGCGUACGUGUCUGGAUUCUCUUUUGGAAUAAUUAGCGGAGUAUUUUCCGUCAUCAAUAUCCUGGCAGAUGCGGUGGGACCCGGGAUAGUGGGGGUGCAUGGAGACUCUCAGUAUUACUUUCUUACAUCAGCAUUCCUCACAAUGGCCAUCGUGUUCCUGCACACCUUCUGGGGGAUAGUGUUCUUUGCAGCUUGUGAGAAGAAGCAGCUGUGGCACAUUGCUGGAGUGGUCCUCUGCCACUUGGUCACCUCUGGGUUGACUUUCCUGAACCCUUGGUAUGAGGCCAGUCUGAUCCCAAUCUAUAUCCUCACCUUAUUAAUGGGGGUGUGGGCAUUCGUGGCUGCCGGGGGCACCCAUCACAACAUCCGCAAAUGCUUAUCAUGCAGACGUCAAGAAAGUAACCAGGUUAUGGUAUAUUCUGCUCUUCAGGUGCCCAAUGAUGAAUGAGGCCAAAACAUGCUGCCAUGCAGCUACGAAUGGACAUUACAACCGAGACGCCAUCAAAGUGCUCCUCAAUCCCAGAAGCUGGCUCCUUUUUCUACACCUUCUCAGACGAAAAGGACUUUCCAGUUUUUGUCUCUGGUUCCACCCGUCCCACAUGCCGGCACUGGGCCUACUCAGGCUGCCGGGGGCAAUCUGGAAUUGCUCCUGCGAUAAUCCAGAACAACAGCAUAACUUUAUUUUCUUCUUUUCAAACACACGUGCCGUCCCCAUCACGGGAUCUCGAACAAGUCUGCAGCUUUCUCAUUUUGGUUGUCCUUUCUAGCCAAGUCUAGCGUUUGGCUAAGAUCCGUUUCCCUUCCCACCUUGGAGGCAUGGUUUAUCCUAAAUGGUUAAAGGGUGAUGGAGCCUUGUAUAUUUGGUGGACCUGUCCCCGUAAACGUGAGUCAGUCUGAAUUUUUAUUUUCUUCUCCUCACUCAGAACUGUCAGAUGCCCUCUGCUCCUCAGGGACUGGGAGUGAAUAUAAACACAUAGAAUCACUGCAAUUUGAAGCUUCCUUGUCUGCCAUUCCCUUGUGUGUGUUUCAUUUUUGUUUUUUCUUGCCUCUUUGUGUAGCGAAUGUGGCAGAGAGGGCAACACUACAAUCUGGUUAUUGGAUUUCUGGUACAGUUUCUGUAUUAAGCAUCCUCUUGCAAAUGUGAAAUGUGUAUCUAAAAUACUGCAGCUUUGUUGCGUACCUCGCUAACCUAAAUCCACUUCUUGAAGGAUAUCACUGCCCAAUCAGUGAGCGGCGCUGUUGGAAGUGACCAAAACAAAACUCUUUGGGGCUGUGAGGGUAAUACAAUAUGCAACCUCUGUCCUUAAUGUAUGACAUUAUCUUAGUAAGCCCACCACGAGGACAGAGGAUACUGAGCAGCAGUGCCUUAUAGCAGCAUUAGACAACUUCUACCAUUCCAGACGUUGUUGGCUCCAUCUCCUGUGACGCUCCACCAGCCAAAAGCUUGGUGUGGCAUCAUGGGAGAUGUAGUUCACAGUAUCUAUAUUUGCAGAGACUGCAACACUGUAGCUCUUAACAAGCCAGCGAUCCUGUUGGGAGUUAAGGGAGGGGGUUCCGCCCCCUUCCUGUUUUGAAGGCCUUAUGUUUAGUUAGAAUGUAACUUGAUACAAACUUGGGCAAUAGACACAGCUGGAUGACUGAUAAGACGGCAUUCUUAGCAAGUAUCUAAAAGAGUUUGCAUAUUUUGAUUUCAGAAGAAUGCGUUGGAGUUAUUCCUGCAUAGGUUGAUGCUAGGGUACAAGCCCCUAUGUGAUCCUACUAGACAUUUCUUGGCUAUUACAUUUAUAGUUAAAACUCCUGAAUAACUAAAUGUUUGCAUUUGGUUUGGGUAACGCAUGGUCAGCCUCAUUUGUAAAUUCGCUCCUCUCUGCAGAUAGGUUUGGGAUGCUCUGGGAUAACUGGAAAUUAACCCCUGCUGCUGCAUGGACAGUGUAGGAUAAGGGAUUGGAAUAGAUCACAGCCUGCCAGCAUUAAUGGGGUUAGCAAUGAAUUCCCGAGAACGCACAAAGAGACCGGAUAUGUCCUCAGCCAUUCAUUCUUACUAUGCAUUGCAGGGAGAGGGUUAAAACCAACUUACAUGGCAGUGUGCAAUUUGAUGAUUAACAGCAGUUGUAUCCUAAUAAAUAAAAAUGUAACAAUGAACUACCAAUGUUUUUACUGCCCUGCAAUACAUUUCUCCAAUAAAACAAGUAUGGGUUUACAUUU